GGCUAGAAGUGCCACAUUUUUUAAGUGGCUCUUGAGGCGACCCGGAAGCGGAAGUAGAAGAACGUUCUAGUGAGUUGAGGUAUCGGCGGGAGCAGCCGGGCGGUAGGAGUAUCCGUUACGGGAGCUGAAGCUGCCGAUAAAUCCUGAUCAAGAUGACAACAUCCCAAAAGCAUCGAGACUUCGUGGCAGAGCCCAUGGGGGAAAAGCCAGUGGGGAGCCUGGCCGGGAUUGGUGAAGUCCUGGGCAAGAAGCUGGAGGAAAGGGGCUUUGACAAGGCGUAUGUGGUCCUUGGCCAGUUUCUGGUGCUUAAGAAAGAUGAAGACCUCUUCCGGGAAUGGCUAAAGGACACGUGUGGCGCCAAUGCCAAGCAGUCCCGGGACUGCUUCGGGUGCCUCCGAGAGUGGUGCGAUGCCUUCUUGUGAUGCACUCUGGGGAGCCCCCAGUCCCUAGCCCCAGCCUUGAGUCUCCAGAGUUUGCAGCCGAGUGGGGGCUCCUCCCCUGCCCUGUACAAAGGAUUGAUGUCUGCUCAGCCUGCAGUGUCAUCCAGGGUCUUCAGGGAGUUCUCUCCCCUUACCAUUUCAACUUUUUCAGAAG